GCGCACCAAAAAAUACAAAAUCUAACUAUUGGGGGAGUCAUCGCCGUCCGCCGCCUACUCACUCCUCCGAGCGCCACCCAGGUCUACUAAUUUUUCUUACCGUAUGGAGGUUUCGAUUCCUCCUCGUUGCUUUAAUUCUUCUGCUCUAACCCAAGCUCGCCUGUUCAACACACGAUUUAACCUCUCGCACCGGGUUCUUAUCCCCGCACGCCUUCAGAUGCGUAAGUUGCAUCUCCUGCAAACCUUCGCUCCACUAAUGGACUCUCGCUCUCACUCAACAAUUCCUCAUGCCUUCGACGACAAUGGGUCGCCUUCGAUGACGAAAGAACUGGCUUAGCCAUGUCGGAUGCAAUUAGAAUAUGGUGGCCAUGGUGAUCGGUUCUGAAAGGAGGGGUGGAAAGUAAUGACUCUUAAUGUAUCGCGAAGCUAAAGCUUGAUUUGUUUGUGUAUAACCAGCGGAAGAUUUGGAGAAGUGAAGAGGGUUACAAAAGAAACAAAUGUACACGUGAAGAUUAAUCUGGAUGGUAAUGCCGUGGCUGAAAAUAAUACAGGGAUACCAUUUCUGGAUCACAUGUUGGAUCAACUUGCUUCGCAUGGAUUGUUUGAUGUGCAUGUGAAGGCUACCGGUGACACUCACAUCGAUGAUCAUCAUACCAAUGAAGAUGUUGCCCUAGCCAUUGGAACAGCUUUGCUGCAAGCACUUGGUGAUAGAAAAGGAAUCGGCCGGUUUGGAGACUUCUCAGCUCCACUUGAUGAAGCACUAAUACAUGUAUCACUGGAUUUAUCUGGAAGACCACAUUUGGGUUAUGAUCUACACAUACCGACAGAAAGAGUUGGUACGUACGACACUCAGCUGGUGGAGCACUUCUUUCAGUCCUUGGUCAAUACCUCUGGAAUGACACUUCAUAUACGUCAACUUGCUGGGAGAAAUUCUCACCAUAUCAUUGAGGCAACCUUCAAGGCUUUUGCAAGGGCUCUUCGUCAAGCUACGGAAUAUGAUCCACGCCGUCAUGGAAGCGUGCCAAGCUCCAAAGGGGUUCUGUCGCGUAGUUGAUUCCCAAAAGCCAUGUCGAAGGAGGAUUAUGGUAAGCAUAAGUUGAUAAUGAUAAAUUCCAUCAUGAAGAAGAAUACAAUGAGGUUUUCUUGGCUGUAUCUCCUCCUUGAAGGCAUUCUCACUUUUCCUAGCAUUGCUGUUGUAAUAAAAGUUGGGAAUUAUCAGAUCAAUUGCCAUUUUUGCUCUUACAACGAAGUGUGAUUCGUAUAUUUUUAUUCGAGUCCUUGGAUACUUGGAGAAAUGCCCUUGUUGUACAACACUUGCCAUAAAAUUUAAUUAUUGAGAUAAAUUUGUAGUUUUUGAAA